GCAGACCGGGAAGCGGCGGCGGGUAAAGUUUGAAGUCCCCCCUGUCUUCUCCCCUCAGCUCCUUUGUGUCUGUCCCAUAGACUGUGGUCUGUCCUCCAGCUCCUGCUCCUGUCCUCCAGCUCCUGCUCCUGUCCCCAGCUUCUGUCCUCCAGCUCCUGUCCUCCAGCUCCCGUCCCCCAGCCGCCAUGAGGAGAACCAGGGCGUCGAGGAGUCAGAGUCAGGCCGCGGAGGAAGGCGGAGAAGUCCGGACAGACACAGUGUGGCAGUGGAAGGGUGACGAGGGUCAAUGGGAGCAGUAUUCGCCUGCAGCCUGCGCCUUGUUGAACUCCGCCGUCUCUUCGGGGGAAGCCUCCGUCAGUCUCGCUCUGGGAUCUGGGACGGCCUACGAAGUCGACCUGAAGAAGAUGGUGCAGAUUAAUCCGGUGACAAAAUACAAGAGGAAGAUUCGCUCUCAAACAGUUAAAUCAGAGAGUGUUAAUGAAGCCAGUGACUCUACUGCUCUCAAUGGGAUGACAGUUCAAGUUAAAGAGGAGGAAGAGGAGGAGGAGGAGGAGGAGAAACCUGCACCUAAGAGGAGGAAGGCGCAAAGCAAGAGUCAGACAAAAACUGAAAAAACACCCAAAGAAGAAAUGAAAAAUGAAGAGGUCACGAGGACGGUGGUCAUGAAAGGCAAAGCUCCAGUGGACUCUGAAUGCAAAGCCAAACUCGGAAAGGCUCAUGUUUACUGUGAAGGAAAUGAUGUUUACGACGUGAUGUUAAAUCAGACAAAUCUCCAGUUUAACAACAACAAAUAUUACCUGAUCCAGCUGCUGCAGGACGACAGCUCCAAGCUUUACAGCGUGUGGAUGAGAUGGGGCAGAGUGGGCAAAGUGGGUCAAAGCAGCCUGACACCCUGUGCUGGAGAUCUGCUGAAAGCCAAAGAUAUCUUCAAGAAAAAGUUCUUGGAUAAGACCAAGAACGAGUGGGAACACCGGGCCGCUUUUGAGAAAGUGGCUGGAAAGUACGACAUGGUGUUCAUGGACUACAGCACAAACGAAAAGGAGGAGACCACAGUGAGCACUGUACCCAAGAAGAAGAAGAGCUCCAUGCUGGACGUGAAGAUCCAGUCUCUCCUCGAGCUCAUCUGUGACCUUAAAGCCAUGGAGGAGUGUGUGCUGGAGAUGAAGUUUGACACCCGGAAAGCUCCUCUCGGCAAACUGACCUCGGAGCAGAUCCGUGCGGGCUACACUGCGCUGCAGAGAAUCGAGGCGUGUUUGAAGAGGAAGGGCAACAGACGUGAACUGCUGGAGGCCUGCAACCAGUUCUACACCCGCAUCCCUCACGACUUUGGGUUGAAAACUCCCCCGAUGAUCGACACGAAGGAGGAGCUGAAGGAAAAGAUUGCACUGCUGGAGGCACUAAGUGACAUCCAGAUAGCCGUGAAAAUGGUCCAGUCCAGCGAGAACGGUGACGAACAUCCUCUGGACAGACAGUACAGCUCCCUCCAGUGCAAACUACAGCCUCUGGACUGCCGCAGUGAUGAGUUCAAGGUUAUAGAAAAAUAUCUGCAGUCCACUCACGCCUCCACCCAUCAAGACUACACCAUGACCGUCCUUGACAUGUUCUCAGUGGACAGAGACGGAGAGAGCAACAACUUCCUCUCACAGCUUCACAACAGGACUCUGCUGUGGCACGGUUCCCGUCUGUCUAACUGGGUCGGGAUCCUCAGUCAAGGGCUCCGAGUGGCUCCACCUGAAGCUCCAGCCACUGGAUACAUGUUUGGUAAAGGUAUCUACUUUGCUGACAUGUCGUCAAAGAGCGCCAACUACUGCUUCGCCAGUCAGCAGAAUCACGUUGGGCUGUUGCUGCUGUGUGAGGUCGCGCUGGGAGACUGUCAUGAGCUGCUUGAUGCCGACUACGAGGCCAGUAAUCUGCCGGCUGGAAAACACAGCACCAAGGGCCUGGGACAGACCGGACCUGACCCCAAAAACUCAGUCACCCUGGACGGGGUCACAGUGCCGAUGGGACCUGGAGUAAAGACGGGGGUGGGUAAAAACGGCGCUUACUCCCUCCUCUACAACGAGUUCAUCGUCUACAACCCUGCUCAGACCCGCAUGAGAUACCUGCUGCGGAUCCAGUUCAACUAUUCUUCACUGUGGUGAGGCUGUAAGAAAACCGUGUAUCAGGAUGGUAUGUUACUUGAGCUGCUUUCAGACAUGUGCUGAACUCCAGACGUUUUCCAUGUAAAAAACUAAAACAAUGCGAAUGUACAUGAAGAGAAAAAAACAAGAUGUUGAAGACGCAGACGAAAACAUCAACUUGGAAAGACGAGCACCGAGAGUCUUGACGUUUAAGGUUCAGGGGGUGAGAGGAAAACCUUGGACAUUUUCUAGAGUUCAUGUCUGAAAACAAAGUCAUUCUUUGUGGGUGGGGAGAGUUUGAAGCUUCUCAAAUGUUUUUUUUUUUUUAGUAUCUGAUGUUAAACUGAAUUUAUUAAAACUGUUUGUCACAUAAAACAAUUCCAACACAUCAAUUUGUUCUAAGAGAAUAUACAACUGGCAUUUUUCAUGUUUUCUGAUGUGAGUCAACAAGUCAAAAUAUAGAACCACCAAUAUAAUAAUAAUAUUUAGCGCUAUCUAUGAACAUCCUUAGAAGUUGAAUUGCAUGUCACUGAAUAUUGUUUUUACCAAUGUGUCUUAUUAAUGUUAUAACAUUUGUGUAAACGAUGAAUUCAGUCCCCAAAUUUUUUUUAUUUAUGUAAAAAUUAUACAAAAAGAAUCUGUAAAAACAAAGAUCAUCA